CCGUGGAAAAUCGUUAUUUCUAAUUCAGUUCCCCCCACUCGCAUCGAGAGUGAGUGAGCCACACUGUCCAAUGGGACAGCAGGGCAGUGCUCCCCCGUACUUUUCCUGCUCAGCAGCAGGAGCUCACGCUUCCGACAUCCAUACGCGCCGCAGCCCACGCGUGCCCCCCACGCCUCCGGUUCCAUUUCCCCGAACGGGAACUACAAGAAAGUGAAGGUCGGGGAAGAAGGAGGAGGAGGAGGAGGAGGAAGAAGAAGAAGAAGAAGGAAGAAGCUGCUCUUCCCUUCUCUGAUUCCUGACGGACGAGAGAAGCUUUCUUCUUUGACUCUUCUUCGGGCUCUGCUGCCCCUCUAAAACACCCUGAAGCUUCCGCCAUUCCCCUCAGGGUGGUAAAGUCAAUCAUAAUAUUUGUUACUGGAAUAUGGAAUUAGAAGACAAGUUCCUACUGAAAGGUAUGGGCAUUCGAAGCCUCUCUUCCAGUGUCCAAAGUACUCCAGAGAAAAACGGUCACUCAGAUGAUGCUUCCAGAAGCCCUGAACUCCUGCAAGAGUUUCUAAAAUCCGGUCUGAGAAAAGAACUGCUUCGAGCUUCUUCAAACAAGGACAAGGACAAGAAAAAUCCGGCUUCAUCUAAGAGCAAAAUGAGAGAGCCCUCAAAGCCAAGCAACAACAAGACUACCAAGAAGCAGGAGUCCAGAAAAGCUUCUAAUAGUCCCCCAAGUCAACCUUCUUCCAAGAAGCAAAACAGAAAAGGGGAACAUCCCAUCAGGAUUCCACUGGCUCCUGAGCACAGUCGUGAUCUUGGGUACUCAAAGUCGUUUAUCUGUAAAAACUCAGCUUGCAGAGGUCUUUUAUCCCCGGAGGACGCAUUCUGUAGAAGGUGUUCUUGUUACAUCUGUCACUCAUUUGAUGACAAUAAGGAUCCGAGUCUCUGGUUGGUGUGCUCAUCAGAAGAUGAGGAGGAAGACACAUGUGGAUUCUCCUGUCACAUUGAGUGUGCUCUUCAACGUGAGAAGGCUGGGGUCGUCAAUCUCGGUCAGUUGAUGACACUUGAUGGAAGUUAUUGCUGUGCUUCCUGCGGUAAAGUUUAUGGGAUUCUCAGAUGGUGGAAGAAGCAGUUAGCCAUAGCCAAGGAUGCUCGCCAUCUCGACGUCCUCUGCUACCGGAUCUACUUGAGCUAUAGGCUUCUGAAUGGGACUUCAAGGUUCAAAGCUCUUCAUGGGAUCGUGACAGAUGCAAAAGCCAAGUUAGAGACUGAGGUGGGUCCAAUCAAUGGCAUCUCUGCGAAGAUGGCCCGCGGUAUUGUCAGCAGACUCCUUGUGGCCAACGAUGUGCAGAUGCUCUGCUCUCUUGGGAUCGAGAAAGCGGAGGAAUUGUUGGCAAAGUCCAUGCCAGAGGAUUCAGGUCCUCCUUCCUGCAAGAUCUUGUUCGAGGAGGUAAAUCCGUCUUCUGUUGGAAUCAUUCUGAUCGACUCAUCUUCCUCUGGUUCAUCUCAAGAUAUCAAGGGCUACAAGCUCUGGUACUGCAAGAGCGAAGAAGAGACAUACAGCAAAGAGCCUGCUUGUGUCUUCCCAAGAGAUCAAAGGAGGAUUUCUGUAUCCAAUCUUCAGCCCUGCACUGAGUACACCUUUCGCUUAAUCUCUUUUACUGAGAUGGCUGAUUUGGGCCGUUCUGAGGCAAAGUGUUUCACAAGAAGCACAGAGAUCUUCCACAGGCACUCCAAUUCAACCCACUCGAUGAGCGGAAACAAAGAGAGGGCUGAGUUAAAGUCUACAAAUAACACAGUUGGCUCCUCAGGAUUCAAGGUUCGUGACCUUGAGAACAUUCUUCAAGCAGCUUGUGGCCAAAACCAACGAGGCCACCCAGAAGGAUUCUGCACCACUGAUACAGAGAAGUGCUGCAGGACAAUGAUCAAAUUGGCUGCUCAGUGUGCAGGAAAAGAUCAGGCACCACCUGUCUCAUGCGGUCUUGAUCUGAAUGUUGCUUCUGUGCCUGAUCUCAACGAGGAGGCCACUCCUCUGUUCGAGAACUCUGGAGAUGGAGAAGAUGUUCUUGGGAUGCAUAACACAGUGCAUUCUCUCGGAAGUAGGGGCAACUCUGGAGACGAGAUGUGCAGGAAAAGGGCAAUAACGAAAGAGGAGGCUCAUGACUCAGACAGCACCCUAAUAAAUGGUUCAAACUCACCAAGCCAUAUCUCCAACGGGUCGGGAUGCUUGGAUGAGAACUUUGGGUACUGUGUGAAGACGGUCAGGAGACUUGAGUGCGGAGGCCUUAUAGAUCGGGAGUUUAGGCUUAAAUUCUUGACUUGGUUCAGUCUCAGAUCGUCGGAGCAGGAGCGGAGGGUGGUGAACACCUUUGUUCAGACAAUGGUGGAUGACCCCAGCAGCCUAGCAGGGCAGCUGGUGGACUCCUUUUCGGAAAUCAUGUCCACCAAAAGGCAUCGGACCGCGCUGUGCAGUAGCAACGCUUAGGCGAUUUAGACUCGAAGGUGGAAUGCUAGGACAGUUUUUCUUUUUCUGUGACAAGGGGGAUUCGGGUAAAAGGUUUGCUCGGGUCGGAUCGAGACCAUUCUCAAGGGAAUGCCAGCAGGUAGUGGUGGAGAGGAGCUUUACAUCCUCCUCAUGUCUAGUUCUAAUCGGAAACAUUAGGAAUCAUCAUUUCAUAAAUUAUUUGGAAUUAUAAUGGGUUCUCCUAUUCGUUGCCUCUCCUAUUCAGAGAGGCAGAAGAACUUCCAUUGGACAUUGUUACAAUUUAGAUAGUUUUUUUUUUUCUCACUUUUCGAAAACGUUCUUUUGGAUCCUUUUCUUUCAGCGACCUUUGGGUACUAUGGAACAGAAAGGUAAAUGCAGUGCAGAACGAGCAAAAAGAUUGAAAAUGGUUUCCAGAAAGUGCACAUUUUUGGUCUUUCGGAAAGGGAAAAAGGAGAGAUUGAAGGUGGAAGCACUCUGAAGGUUUUGGGAUGGGUUGGAAAACGUUUUCCAGACCUGCAAAGGAGUAGAUUUCUGCCUAUCAUGAGGGAAGGAAAACAGUAGUUGGAGAAGCGUUUACAGGGGGAACUACUAAGUUCUAACGCUUGGAAAGGGGUGGUUCGAGAUAACUAUUUCCUGGAAAACGUUUUCCAGGAUACUGCAGGGAACUGUAUUUCCUCUUUCUGCUUUUCCCAGGGGAAGAAGGAAAACUGGGGGAGGAAAAAGUGUUUUACGCAGAGAAUUGAAUUAGUAGGAGUGGGAUUGUUGUUUGUCUCAGAGGAGGCAGCGCAAUGUCAGUUUGAUGAGCGGAGACAUUGCCUAUUUUAUAGGGGAGGGCUCUGCCCACCGCCCACUGCCCACUGCCCACUGCCCACUGCCCAUUGAAUUUCGACUUUUCCACUGUUUUCCAUUUCCCCAUUUGAGGUGGGUCAUUCUUUCCUCGUGACAGUGGGCCCCACAGCCGUUCGGCUACAUUAGCCCAGGUGUACCUCGGACCAAGAACUGGGGCGCCACCCUGAGCCUCCGGGCCCACGUGCACCUGGUGUAUGGAUGAAAGUGGACCCCAGGCUCCCAGGAUUUGGGGUGCGGGGCAAGGGUUUAUCUCGUGUGUCUAUGAUGGCAGGGGGCAGCACCAGCACAGCGUGGCCCACACAAGAGGACAAGGACGAGGAAAUAUUCCAUUUUCCCUUUGCAUAAUUUUUUUUUUCCGUAUUAAGAAAGACAGAGGUUGGCAUUGUGACA